AUGCCCAGGCCUGCUGCUUUAUCAAUGGUCUAUACUGCAUCUUUUGCCUUCUUCGAGGCCCUCUGGGAGGGCGGCGUCAGCCAUGUCUUUGUCAACCUCGGCUCAGACCACCCGUCCAUCUUGGAGGCCAUGGUGAAAGGCCAGAAGGAGAAGAAAGACCAGUUCCCUAGAAUCAUUACUUGCCCCAAUGAGAUGGUUGCACUCUCAAUGGCCGAUGGCUACGCUCGCUUGACCGGCAAACCACAAGCUGUUAUCGUACAUGUCGACGUCGGAACUCAAGGACUGGGCGCGGCAGUGCACAAUGCUUCAUGUGGACGUGCCCCAGUCCUCAUCUUUGCAGGACUUUCACCCUACACAAUUGAAGGCGAGACUCGUGGUUCGCGAACCGAAUAUAUCCAUUGGAUCCAGGAUGUGCCUGAUCAAAAGCAGAUCGUCUCCCAGUACUGCCGUUAUACAGGGGAGAUCAAGUCUGGUAAGAAUGUGAAGCAGAUUGUCAACCGAGCUUUGCAAUUUGCAACCAGUAACCCGCAGGGCCCCGUCUAUCUGAUGGGAGCUCGUGAGGUGAUGGAAGAGGAUAUUGAGCCUUAUCAACUCAACCAGAGUAAUUGGGGCCCCGUGGCGCCGGCCGCGCUACCUCCAUCAGGCAUCGAGCUGAUCACGUCUGAGCUCGCGGCUGCUAAGAACCCGCUGGUGAUCGUGGGCUAUACCGGUCGAAACGCCCAAUCAGUGACAGAGCUUGUGACCCUAGCCAAUUAUUUUAAGGGUAUCCGAGUCUUGGACACUGGUGGCUGUGAUAUGUGCUUCCCGGCCGACCAUCCUGGAUGGCUCGGCAUGCGGUACCCGGGGCACGAUCUCGUAAAGACGGCCGAUUUCAUCCUAGUAAUCGAUUGCGAUGUACCCUGGGUGCCAACGCAAUUCAAGCCAUCCCCAUCCGCCAAGAUUAUUCAUAUCGAUGUGGACCCGUUGAAGCAACAGAUGCCGGUGUUCUAUAUCCCCUCCAUGGCUACUUUCCGUGCAGAUUCAGCCACGGCUUUGAGACAGCUCAACGAGCACGUUAGCAACAACAACUCGCUUCAGCAAUUCACCACCUCAGCCGAGAACAGUGCUAUGGGCCAGCAGCGUGAGCAAGACUAUGCGAAACGCCGGAAGGAAAUUGCCGAUCUGGCAGUAGCCCCAGCAGGCGGCGCCAGUGCUCCCCUCAACGUCUCCUACAUGAUCGCGCAAGUUCGCAAGGGAGUGCCCGUCGAUACUAUCUGGGCAAUUGAAGCUGUCACACUCUCCCUGCAAGUCUCGGAUCAAGUCAGUGCAACAUUGCCAAACUCCUGGAUCAACUGUGGUGGUGGAGGCCUGGGUUGGUCCGGCGGCGGUGCUCUAGGUAUCAAGCUUGCUUCCGACGUGCAACACGGUGGUCCUGGCAAGGGCAAGUUUGUGGUCCAAGUUGUCGGAGACGGGACAUAUCUUUUUUCCGUUCCUGGAUCUGUCUAUUGGAUUGCACGUCGUUACAAUAUUCCCGUCUUGACUAUCGUGUUGAACAACAAGGGGUGGAAUGCACCCCGGCGAAGUAUGCUACUCGUGCAUCCCAACGGCGAUGGUUCGCGUGCUACGAAUGAAGAUUUGAACAUCUCCUUCGCCCCAACGCCAGAUUACUCGGGCAUUGCCAAAGCUGCAGCUGGCGGUGAGCUCUGGGCUGGUCGAGCUUCUACCGUUGCUGAGCUAGCCCAGAAGCUGCCAGAGGCUAUUCAAAGCGUGCUAAACGGAAAAGGCGCGGUCUUGGAGGCACAGCUAGAUGGAACUGCGGGCAAGUAUGUAGAGCGUUCGAGCCUUUAG